CAUGUGUCUUAAUUAAGCGUUAUGACAACAUGAGUUAUGCGUGUAUUUGUGUAAUUUAACUCAUACCGCGCAUUCAUUCUGAUAAACGGACCAUUUAACGGUAUGUUUUCAAUGUCAAUGUAUACAUCUAAGUUUUAAAUGGUGCGGCGAUGUACUAGAUUUACAUCUGUUGUUGUGUUUUUGGUGGGUUGUGCCGCCCUGGUCAGUGUUAUAAAUGUAAGGGAAUUGAGCGUCACCCUCAAAACAAAACUCCGUGUUGCAAAACUCUCAUUCGGUGCGGCUUCCGGUUUAAAUAAUGAGAAACGAACGUGUGAUCCCAGAAGCAGAAACGAGCGUAAUGGACGCAAUUGCAAUGACAAACCGCCAAACGUUAUCAGGGGAUUAACAUACAAAUCAAGAGGAAACGUGUCUUUGGAAUUAUGUCAGGCUGUUCCAGAUUUACUCGUAGGAAGACUGAUUAUUAACUUUGUUGCGGCACUUAAAUCUCCACCGCCGCCGGCACUCCAGGAUGUGUCGCCAGGGGGUACAUGGAGUCCGAAGAACUGCGUUGCUACGCAACGGAUAGCAAUUAUUAUCCCUUUUCGUGACAGGCAGAAACAUUUAGACAUUUUAGCAUACUAUCUUGUUCCCGUAUUAAAACGACAAGAAGUGGCUUUUCGAAUAUUUGUGGUAGAACAGUACGGCAACAAAACCUUCAACAAAGGUCGGCUUAUGAACAUCGGGUUUACGGAAGCGCGGAAGUACGAUGAGUUUGACUGCUUCAUCUUCCACGACGUCGAUCUCAUACCGGAAGACGAUAGGAAUAUGUAUACGUGCUCUGAGAACCCUCGGCAUAUGUCCCCGGCCGUGGAUAAAUUCAAAUAUAAAUUGCCGUACAAGGGUCUUGUGGGUGGGGUACUCAGCUUCCGGAGUAACCAUUUCACCAAAGUGAACGGCUAUUCGAACCUUUUCUGGGGCUGGGGCGGAGAAGAUGACGAAAUGUAUCACAGACUCACAGCCUCGAAAAUAACUCUUUUGCGCACGCCAUUCGAGACUGGAAGGUAUAAAAUGAUAAAGCACGGCCGAAAAGGUGGUACUUCACCAUUCAGAUGGAAACUUUUGAAAACAUUAAAGAAACGUUUAAAGAAAGACGGUCUCAACACUUUGGAGUACAAAUUGGUUGAAACCCGGCUUGAGAAGUUGUACACACGAAUAUUGGCGGAUGUGGGUGAUCCGGCGAAUGAUUCGGAUAGACUUUCCGCUUUGCUAGCCUAGAAGUGCGCAGACGAAUCAUUUGAAUAAUUCAAUUGUUGCCUUUAUCUAACGACAGUAUUUAAAUAUGUUUAUUCAGGAAAUAAAAUAAA